AUGGUUAGCCACUUGUGGCUACAAUUCAUCCUGCUACUCUAUGCUGGAUCAGUAGAGGCUUCAUCAUCAGGCACAUCAUCGAUUGUGGCAGCAAAAUGGGAGUUUCACGAAUUCCGUGUUCACAUCACUGUGGUACUCUUUCUCCUGGUUAUGAUUUUGAUCAAAAUAGGUUUUCAUCGUAUUCCCUAUGUGGCUCACUAUGUCCCGGAAUCGUUGGUACUCAUCCUGCUGGGAAUCGUCUUUGGUGCGAUCGUCCGGUAUGGGAUCAGAUCGGGCACUUUUGAAGGCGCCGAAUGGCGAUUGACUCCCGAAUUAUUUUUCAUCUAUCUUCUUCCACCCAUCGUACUCGAAGCUUCCUACUCUCUGUACAAUCGAACAUUUGGAGAAUAUCUCGGUGUCGUACUCAUAUUCGCCGUGUUAGGCACAAUUAUGAAUUUUCUACUAAUCGGUUUUGCAAUGUAUGGGCUACUGAUGAGCGGUGCACUGGGCAGUGACAAAGAACGAUUCGAUUUGAAGGGAAUGCUUCUGUUCAGUUCACUUGUCGUAGCAGUGGAUCCGGUUGCUGUGUUGGCUAUCUUUCAAGAUAUUGGAGUGGAACUCAGUCUUUAUUACAUUGUAUUCGCUUGGUGGACUGCCAUCACGCGAAUAAAAAGCCAUCUGAACGCAUUUACUCUCAUUCUGCUGGCUUACUUCUCCUACAUCAUGGGUGACUGUGUCGGCUGGUCUGGGAUUAUUUCAAUAAUCGGAUGUGGUCUAGUUCAGGCCGCCUACGCAUUCCACAACUUGGACAGUAAAUCUGUCACUUUGGUGCACAAACUGACAAAGCUGGUCGCGGAAGUUAGUGAAUCGGUGAUUUUCCUGUUUCUCGGCGUCGAGGUGUUGAGUGAUAACCUCGAAUGGCAUGCCGGCUUUAUGCUGUGGAGUCUUGUGCUUUGUCUGGUUGCACGUGCUAUUGUUGUCUUCUCGAUUACCGCAAUAGUAAACGCGGUGAAUGUCGACAACACAAACAUUUCCAUCACAAAACAGUUAGUUUUAGUCUAUGGGGGAUUACGUGGAGCAGUUGCUUUUUCUCUGGCUGUUCUGGUCACUCCGGAACACCUGGGUGAUCAUGGAGCGUACAGUCGACGUGUGAUGAUCACUGCAACACUGUUCAUCAUCCUGUUCACCGUUGGGUUCAUGGGUAUGACCUUGAAGCCUCUGGUAAAGCUGUUAAAAAUUCGAAUGCAAGCCAAGCGGCAACUAAGCUUGUUCAGUGUGCUAAAUGGCAGUGUAAUUGAUGAAACCCUGGCUGGAAUUGAAAUCAUAACCGAUUCAAAAGGUCGCAAUGUGGUUCGUGACCUUUUCAAGCGGCUUGACGAAAAGUACAUUCGCCGACUUCUUCAGCGUGAACCAGAGACUUAUGAUCACAAAAUUAUGCGUGUCUACGAGAGAAUAGCGUUACGAUUGCAUUUCGCUUCAAUGCAACCGGAAAAAAUGGAAGUUUUUCUUGAAGAGAUUCCACCAACGUUACGAAACAAAUAUAUGCAUGCCUUCCAAUCCUCCGUGUCCUUAUCUGGACUUGUUCCACAGUUUUCAUGGUCUGAACACCAAAGUUCACGUUCACGUGAUACGUCCUCCAUGGCGAACGGUAGGUGCAAUACGACUAACCAAUUACAUGGCGAGGAGAUCCGUCGGGUAUCCCGCAGUGUGCAAUCUUUGAAUGAUUUGACGAACGAGUUUGUGGACAACAUGCGCUCAACAAGAAAGGUGACUAUCGUUUCACACGAGAAGCGUCAAGUCACAUUUGAUGAAAGUUUAAAAGAUAUAGUAGAAUCACGUAAGCGCUCGUUUGUGAAGCGCUUCACUGUAAACCUCCAAGCUGUGGAAUCUCCUGGCCAACAGAACAAGAGCUGUGUGGAAAAAGUAGACGAAGUGGGUCCAGUGGAUCUUGAACAAACAUCCGUGGUGUCCACCUCAGACAAUCAGGCAGUUUCUCUGUGGACCGACAAUGCAAGUGAGGAUUCAGACAUUACUGACUAA